AUGCGGCCAAGCUCGUCGCGAGUCGAAUCCAUGGCCGAAUGGGUACCGGCUUCCGAAGAGCCGACCGGCCAGAACUUUGCAUUGUCCAUACCAAGUACUGGCUACACCCCAACUCCACCGUUCGAUGUAAACAAAUCCAAUCGACGCAGAGUAAGGAUUUAGCAUAAAUUAACUUUUCUAGCCGAUAUUAUAGUACAUAAGGGUAGUAGAACUGAUUUUACUUGUUUUGAUGAUAGGAUAAAAUGAUGUCAGUGAAUGUUGUGGUUGUGAAUUGAACUAUAUGUUGCGGUGAAAAGGUGCAACGGUGAAUAUGUGUGUGUGGACGGUAAUAAAGUAAACAAAUUUGUGGGUAUAGGUAGCAACGGGUGGAAAUUGAGGGUUUUUUGAAGUUUUUGUCAUAACUUUUUUAAAAAUUGAGUUAAAGUGGAUAAAUUUUGUGUCAGUUUAGGUAUUAUACUAUGCCAAAUGACCUGAAAAGAAUUAUUUUGAAAUUUCAAAAGUGAAAAAGUUACAGUAAUUUCAUCGUCCACACUCUAGAACCUGUAACGAUACUUUGGGUUAUUUAUUUUUUGGCUUUUUUGAACAUAAUUGUUUAAUUUUGAUAAAUACGUUUUGUAAAGCAUAAAAUGAUUUAUGUUUUCUGUAAGUUUUGUUACGAUAGGUUGUUUUGUAUCAAAGUUAUAACUAGUUGAAAACAUGAAAAACCUCAGUUUUUUUGAGAAAUUUUUUUUGAUAUUUGACUUUUUAAAGAUAAUAUAAAUUUGUUCAAAAAAAAUAUGAAUUGAUAAAAUUUCGUGAAUAUAUUCGUCAUUAUGUACUUUACAAAAGGUAUGAACUCAAUUUUUAUGAUGGUUUACUUUUGACUAUGUUUGAAAGGUUUAUUAGGUACUAUACUAAGUGGUUUAUGCUAUUUUAGGUCAAUUUUUAUGCAUUUUUGUAACUUUUUGGCUGUCUUGGGCAACUAAUAGAUCCAAAUAGGUCUCUAAGUAAUUUUAAAGCUUGUCCAAUAUUAUAACAUCAUUUUCAGAUGAUCAAAUCCUUUAUGGAAGGCCUAACAACUGAAGAAAAGCAAGAUUUCUUGGUUGAUUUGCUGGUAAGUCAUCAUAUUUUUUAUUAUUGUCUUGUCUUUAGAAGUGUACAGAUCGAAAAACAGUGGUGAAAGUGACGGAACGUGCUGUCACAGAACUACCAGAGUACGUGGAGCCGAUUGAGAAUGCUCCAUCAACCAGUGAGGAUCAGUUCCAUAAGUUGCCGGACACUUUGUUGUUGAACAUCUUUAGCAAACUUGAACCGGGUAGGAGACUUUUUAUAUGAUAAAACAGGUUUUUGGUACUAAAAGUGACGUUUUAUACGAUGAAAUGUGUUUUUGGUACUAAAGAUGACAUUUUAUACGAUAAAACAUGUUAUUAAUGCCAUAUAUCACGAUAUUCUCGUUUCAGUCGAACUAUACAGAUGUCUCCGUGUCUCCAGACGAUGGCACCGUGUAGCACUCGAGCAAUCUCUGUGGAAAAGUUUCUGCAAAGAUCCGGACAAGUAUCGCUUAGGCUCUAGAAUCGCGGAACGACAACAAAUCGUGGCACUGAGCGAUCGGCACGGCGAGUUUGAAUGGAAACGCGUCUUCGAAGAGAGAUUACGGUGGGUUACGGUAAAAUAAUUUCUUUUUGACACCAAAAAUGGCAAUAAUUGAAGUAAUAAUCUAAAGUAAUUUAACCUAAAGUAAUAUAUUGCUGAUAAAAUAUAUUCCAGCCUCUGGAGAAACUGGCAUGCCGGCCGUUGUGUCGUACGUGAGUUCCUGGGCCACACCGAAGGCGUAUCUUGUGUCCAAUUCGACGCCGAACGCAUCGUCUCGGCCGGCUACGACAACACCAUUCGUCUAUGGGAUCGGCGCACCAAUUGUGGCGGACUAGGCCAAAUGACAUUGAAUGGACAUGUCGCCGCGGUGCGUUGCCUUCACCUGGAUCAGGGUCGUUUGGCCAGCGGAUCGGCCGAUCGCACAGUUCGAGUUUGGGACUUGGCCAUGACUCCAAACUGGAGCCAUGUGGCUUGCAGACAGACGUUACAAGGGCACACGGACACGGUUAGGUGCUUGCAGGUAGGUAGGGCGGUGGAAGGUUAGGGUAAGUUAGAUAAGGUAGGGUAUGAUAAGAAAGGAUAUGGUAUGGUAAGGCAAGGUAUGUUAGGGUAGGCUAGAGGGUUGAUAUAAGCUUUUUCGAUGGAGGGGGGGGGGUGUGCAUGACAAUUAUUUUUUACGUAUUAGUGCGUGGUUUCUUGUGAAUUUUAUAGGCCAGGGGUGGUUUUUAUAAAUUUCAGAUGGAAAAUGAAACCCUGAUUAGUGGUUCCUAUGACCAAACGAUGAAGUUGUGGAAUAUUGAACGUGGUCAUUGCUUAAGGACAUUACAGUAAGUUUCUAAUUUUUGAAAAAAAAAUUUUUCAAUUUUUAUUUUUAAAAGUUUUUUAAAUUUAAAUUUAGUGGCCACAACGACUCGGUCCUCUGCCUCCAGCACCGCUCGGAAAUGGCCCAACUAGCGUCGGGUUCGGCGGAUCGGACCGUCCGCCUCUGGGACACACGCCAAUCCCAGCCAAUCGCCAUGCUCAACAAUUGUCACGCUGACGCUGUGACAUGUGUCAAGUUUGAUCAAAUACGACUGGUAACAGGCUCGGUAGAUUCAACAAUCAAGGCAUGGGACUUUAGAAGUCUGAAAUGCUUGUACACUAUUGAUUGGCGACAAGCUGAAGGACAUACGCGAGUGGUACGGUCGAUUCAGAUGGACGAUUGGAGAAUGGUCAGCGCUUCGGAUGAUCGAACGAUCAAGGUAGGGAGGGGUGGGUAUAAGGGUGGGUAGGGCGAGAUAUGAGGGUAGAGUAGCGGUGGGUAUAAAUAUAAGAAAGGGGUGGAUAUAAGGGUGGGAAGGGGUGGAAUAUGGGGACAGGGUAGGGAAGGCGUGCAUAUCAUUGUAGGGCAGGGGUCGGUACAUUGGAACCAAAGCUGACAUUUUCAAGUAAAGAAUGACAUAACUUAACCUAUUCCCUAUAUAUUAUCUUUCAGAUGUGGAAGAUUAGUGAUGGAAAGCGGAUCUGCACCCUCCAAGGUCACGCUGAUGGAGUGACGAGUGUCCAGUUCAACGACCAACUCGUCCUCUCAGCGUCUUUCGACCGUACUGUACGGCUAUGGGACUUUUCUACAUGUUAA